CUCGCUUGCGAUCGAGUCUGAUCCUCACCUGACUCGGUGACAUGCUCUCGCUCACGACUCGCAAGCAGAUCUGUUGGCUCGACGAGCCUGUUUCAACAGAGUCGCACCAAUUCCGAGCACUUUGGUGCCUCCGUCUCAACUCACCUCCUUCAACAAAAAGUAGCCCUCGAGGCAAGCUUUGACGACUCAGCAAUCUCCUGCACACGCUACGAACUUUUACGACGAACCAUACUACGACGUGCGUCCACCUGCUGGCGCGCGACAAUCCCUGUGCUCGUACAAGAGAGGUCCAAGCAGCGCUCACGACACGAGGUUGUGCCUCAACCUAUCACACUGUGGCACUUGGCGUCUAUAUGCCACCUGUUCAAGCCAUCUUCCCUGCAAUCGACCCAUCCUCGAGCCAGCAUGUCCUUGAGCGUCUCGCCUGAACUCAAGCAGGCUUUCGACGAAGCAUCGAGCAGCUUGCUUGAUCCGGAGGAUACUCUCUUGCCUCGAGCUUUUCUUGUUCGUCUGGAUGGCAAGCAGCUGGUCAUUUCGGAGACCCGCAGCCCUUCAGAUGCGGCCAAGUCAGAGUGGACUCAACUGCUGGAAGAGCUUUUGACCACGGCUUCCACCACGCCUGGGUAUGUGCUCUACAGGCUGGAUUCAAGGAGCAGCGCUGGUCAAUAUGAAUGGCUGCUCGUCACCUUCAGACCCGAUGGCGCUCCUAUCAAGCAAAGGAUGCAGUAUGGCCCCUCUCAGGAGGCUCUGACCAGAUCGCUCGGAGAGUGGUCGUUCCUAGAGAUCAUCCAUGCGAGUACGCCCAAGGAUUGCAUAUUUCCAACCAAGCUUCGCAGCGACCGCAAGCAUGAUUAUCAAAACCCACAGACCGGAACUUUGUUGGAGAAGGCGACCUUCGACCCGUCAAGCUCUAAUGGAGGGGUUCACUUUGACGCGGUCAGGACUCCGGCUCAGCGACCUUCGCCCAUUUUGGCGGGCAAGCCCGGUCUGGCGGAUGCGGUUGCAGUCCAGGAUGAUGGGGAUGACGAAGGUCGAUCAACACACGAAUCGAUCACACCUCUGCGAAGUGUGCCCAGCGUCAUCAAGUCGAGUCCCGUAAGCCCUGGAGGUGGGGUCAGAAUAUCCAGCCUUAGGCGGCCCGAGGGUCGGCGCAGCAGCUUGCACUCUGCUUCUGAUCUUGUCCCGGAUGGUCUCAACGGCCUCGAGGAACCCAUGCAGCGUGGCACCGCACUUUCUCCUGCACGGGAAGCGGGUUCUGCCUCGCGUCCGAAGUCAAUGCUGUCUGCCGGCUCACCGCUGGACAUGCUCACUUCUGCGCUCUCAGAAGGACCGGGUGCAUCUCCUUCACCUUCGCGCGCCUCGCCCUCGCUGACAUCCCUCCAGCCGAGGGAUGCCCGAACAGACCGAAGGGGUUCGUCUUUGCAGGUACCACAAGAAGAAGCUGACGCUGACAGUGACCUGGACAAGGAGCUUGGCACCUCCUCCAUCAAUAAGACAUCGCGGCGCAUGUCUAUGUUCGAUUUCCUGAAAAGCACUCCGCCGAGCCAGAGUGCCCCGUUGCCUCCCGAGGACAUGGGCACAAGUCAGCGCGCUCCUGUGGAUCGCUCUUCAAUACUUCCACGCGUUGCUGGUAGCCACGAACUCACGUCGAGCGCGUCAUUAGGUGCUAACAGCCAGGAUCAUGCCCCAUCAACUUCGAAGAAUGAUCGUACUCCCAUCAACACACGCCUUCGCCCCUCCCCAAUUGAAGCGGCGCGCACUCCACGCACGUCCCGUCUCUUCGCCCGCUCGCCGGUUGUGGGUCACCCACAGAACUCCUUGGCUCCCCUCUCUGCGCCUGCCAUACCCUCGGCUUCUUCCUCGUUCCCUGCUGGACCGGCCACCGCCCAGCCAUAUCAGAGCAACGGAUCGCUGACCGCUUUUGAGUUUUUGGCAACACAACCACCUCCCAGAGCCAGGAGCAGAAGUCGGAGCCCUGGCGCUGCCGAACAGGAACGCCAUCACAGUCAUUUCCGAAGGAGGCCGAGCGUGGAAGGCGAACGGGAGACAGGAGAGUUGGGGCACCACUCGAGCAAGUCAGUGGCGGAAGAGGACAGCUCGUCGAACUUGCAGCUUCGCGUCAUGCCAGUCAGCGAAUCACUCGUCAUGUUUGGCUCCACUCACACCAGUGCCAACUACUCCGUUAGCGGCAGGCUUGUUCUUACCAUCCCUUUGCGUAAGAGCCCAAGCCGGACAGCGGAGCCUCCAGAGGGUAAUGUCAAAGUCGCCAAUGAAGGCGCUGCGACAGGCUUUGGUGCUAUUGUGGACAGUGGGACUUCAUCACGGUCGGCCUCUCCGUCGAGACGAUUAUCAGAGGAUUGGCAGCACAUGCUGCCGCUCUUCGACUUUGGCUCGCGUCGCGGCUCGCAGGCAAACGCAGGCGAGCCAGCGCAACGCGAUGGAGCAGCACUCGCGUCAGCUGGCAGCAGUGGAACGAUGCCUGCCCUUGCUGAAGGCGCGAAAUCAUCAGGGGCUGCGGAGGAACAGAUGAAGCUUGCCGUCGAAGAGGUAGCAGAGCCACGGACAACCACCGAUGCUCGUUUGGGCGAUGUGCGAGCAAAGCCGACCGAGCUUCGUGUGACAUCGCUGAGGGUAUACUUUGCCGGCUACGCACAUUAUGUUGAUCAUUCGGGACGAUUCUCUGCACUCCGUCUCGCGGACGUGCAAGAAGAGCUUUUGCCACAAGGAUACGACCUACCUCUAUCCAGCGGCCACGCCCACGCGUCGACCUCAGCCGCCAAGUACGACAUUGAAUUUACUUUGGGCGUGCCAGGGUGGCUACCGGCAAGCAUCACGACGAGAUUCGGGGGCAACUUUUACUGCCUGCGGGCGGAGGCAACCUAUGUCGAUCUGACCCGCAAUUCUUCGUUCACAGCUCGAAGCAGUAGCACGAAUGUUUUGCCGAGCGAGGUUGCGACCUUUGGUGGUCUCCUGCCGAGCCAGAGUGCGCCAAGCGGACUAUUGCUCGGGGGAUCCUCGCUGAGAUCACCAUAUGCUUCAGGAGAUGACCGCAGCGCAAAUGCCAGCGGCGAUGAGUAUCAGGCCACGAGAGCCCCUGCCACCUCGUCAAAUGGUCACGCGCAAGCCAGAGAUGCAGAUAGCGCUUCAUCGCCGCGUUCCAAUGGACGUGCAUUGCCAAGCCCCCUGCAGCCUACCGAAUCCACACAAGACCGUGCUCCUGAUCAGUCGCGCAGCUGGCUUGGAAGGCGAGGACGACUGCUGCGUGUGCGAGCAUCCAUGUCUCCUUCUUCGCCCCUGCGAACUUCAACAAACUCCAGCUUUGCAGGAGAGUCCGCACAGCGUCUGCCGCCGUUGGUCCCACACUCUGAUCUCCACGGGGUCUCACCUCAAGGGGAUUGCACUCGUCGUCAGACCAUGCCGCCCGAAACAAGCCGCCAACAGCAAUACAAUUUGCACAGUGACGUCGUACCAAUCAACAUUCGCCGAUGUAGGGACGUUGUCCCAGUGCCUGUAGCACGUCUUGCCGUCAUUGGCCCCGAAGGUCUGCCGCUUGGAGCUCAGCAAGACCCUCCACCGCCAACGGCUUUGCGAAAUCCUGCAGCAAAUACCGUGAUCACAGCACAGCCUCAUUCAGUAGCUGAUCACCCGAGCACAACGCCAAGUGUCAGAUCUACACCCGCUCUGGAGCCUGCUGCUUCAGCAGGACCGAAUUUGCCUUCGAUCGACUCCGCCCCGGUAGUGCAGCCGCGCCGUUCCUCAGCGGUGGAUGCAGAAAUUCAGAGCGCCACUGCAGCUACAGCAACCUCUCGAGCUCCAUCCGCCCCGGCUCCACCCUUGGACGCGGUGAAUGGCGAUUCGCAGCCACCGAGAAGACCCGACGAACCCGUUCCCAUCGGCAUACUGCCAGUCGCGCCAGAUGUCUUCAGUGCUCCAAGCGACCCAGCCAAGCUGGCCCAGCUCACACGGCCUCCGUCAGCACCACAGCGCGCUUCAAGCGUGCCCAUGCCUGAAGGAUCCACGAGCUCACAACCUAGCGGCCCGGCGAGCGUCACAAACACUCACCCAAUGGCUCAAGGCACCUCUGUGGCCGGUAGCAGCCGUCAGCCUCAGGCAGCCAUGCGGCACUUCUUGCAUCGGCCUGUGCUUCAUCCACCAGCUGACUCGGGCAUCACGCCCCAGGAAUGCGACAAGGAUGGAGGGCUGCCUUUUUCGCUUACUCUUUCGCUCCCAUCUCAUGUUCAAGUGGAUGGGCCCAAGAGCGACAUGCUCAGCUUUGGCGUCCAGAUUGAGGUCGGCAGAACUCCCGGAUGGUCGAAGGUCCGCGAUCUAGGAGGCCUGAGGCUGCGCGACAUGGAGCUUGUCUGUCUGCAGAGCGAAAGACACACAUCGGUUGCAUCGCGCACGUUUUGCCAUGCUUUUCCACUGCCGUCCGAGCCCUCGACAGCAGCAAUCGACUUGCCGAUUUUGAGCGGACGCUCCAACCAGGGUCGUUUGUUAGAGUCACGAACGCGGUCAACAUACGACCGAUCGCUGGUCGCCUAUCACAUCCAACUAGCCGAGCAGGGCAAGGCUCCAAAGCAGGACCACAACAAUGUGGAGCGCGUUCGGACCUGCGUCGUCGGUCCUCCGCCUUCGGCAAAAGAAUUGGCCGAAGCAGCGGCGGAGGGGCAGGGAGCGAACAAGGCCAAUGGCGAUGCAGCAGCCACGCAAGGCAAGGGAAAGGGCAAGGCCAAACAGCGCGAGCAAGGCGCAGGAAACCGCACUGUUCGCAGCAGGUCUGAUCGGCCCAGCGACCGCGAAGGAGAGGGUUCGACAAGCGAGGGCAACGGCAGCAAUGGUGCACAAGCAGCAUACCUGCCCAAUGGCGCACCGGCGCCAAAGAAGACGUCGCGGGGCCGCCGGGCAUACGAGUCGGCCAUGCGCGGUCUUUCUUCCUUUGCGAACGCCAUAGCCGAGAUGAGCGUUGAGGGCGAAACUGCGAUGUUCGAACAGCUUUCACACCAAUACGACGACGAGCGCCGUCGGGGCGAUGGAUCUGGCCGCCCUGCGCGUGAACGUAAUGGCCAGAGGCAGCGAGAAGGCGGGGAGGAUGAUAGCGGAAACGGUCCCAGAGCGACCUACAAUUUCACCGGAGAUGAUGGCCAUGGCGUUGAUCUGACACGUGGUCGUGUCAGGAUGACUGUCAACCUUCCAUUGGUGCCUUCCUCUGCCCAGAUCGCAAAACGUCACGGCCUCCCUCAGCUUGUCUCGGACUUUGAAUCGCCGUACAUUCGCAUCAGACACAAGCUUCGGGUCAAGCUGGGCUUUGGAUUCGGGCAUAAACCUCUUGGGGGUGUUGGAGAAGGUGACUGGGGCCAGGCCCUUGUUUUGCAAGUGCCUGUGCGUUUCACAGAUGCUCCGCCAAAGGAAGUUCGAGACCAAUUCGCGCCGAUGCCGCUCAGCGCGGUAGCGGCGUCGGCCACCCCAGACAGCUUUCCUCCCACGGCGCCGACUGUGUCACAAGAUCAAAGUGGCCCACCGGUGCUCCCUGCUUACACGCAGCUUUUCAGAGAAGACGGGUCGCGCCUGGCCGACGAAGGAGAAGACUUGCCACAGUAUCCGGGACCAUCGAAUUUGCCACUGCCUCAUCGUGGCAGCGUGACUGCACCCAGUCCCCGACCAGACACAGAGAUUGCGGAUCCCGAACCAGGCUUAUCUGCCCUGCUGAGCCCCUCGGCAAGCAAUUCCUCCGACGCCGCGACGAUCAGAGCUGGCGGGGGUUUGACCGACACAGGUGCUGUCAGUGCCACUUCGUCACCAAACUUGGCAAGAUCACCUGCGUCGCUGCGAAGAGGCUCGAAUCGCAUCAUGCCCAGCCACGUUGUGGAUGAAGAGCUCCUUGAGGGCCAGGUCUCAGGAGAUCGGCUCGCUGCUAUGCGUGAGCACCAGCAAGAUCUUGACGAGCUUCGCAACGAGGUCGAAGCGACCGACAAUCCUUUGAGCAGCUCAGAAAGCGGAACUGGUGAUGAGGGCGGGGACGAGGAUGAGGAUGAGGACGAUGAUAACGAAUAUGAGGAGGAUGAUGAAGCAGCGGCAGCUCGAGGGGUUGGCACGAUUUUCCGCGAGAGGCCGCAAGUGCCGCUUUGCGCUCGUGAACGUCAAGAUCAGAAUCAGCACACUUCUUGAAGCACUGACAAGCCUGACAGUUUGAGUCCAAGACUCCAGACUGAGCUUCCACACGCACUCGUCCUACAAGCACUGAGGAUUCGCACGUGACCUGGCUCUUACCCAUCACCUGCUUUUCGUCAUCAACUUCUCGCUUUCGUGAACCCUCCCUCUUUCAAAUGAUCACGACUCGCACCAACGAAUUGCACAUCCGAACCACGGCUUCGCGGAGUCUGCAUCAGCAUCUCAAUUGCAUUAUUCCUCCUUGCUUAGACGUAACCUGCUCGUAUAGACGAUGAGGAGGCCGUGCGCUGUGUGUUGACAUCGUGGCCGAGCGCGUGAGGUAUGACGAG